AUGUCCAAAUUAGAUGUUGAUGAGUUCCAAAAAUAUACUUCUGCAGCGGGUAAAUGGACAAUACAGACGAACACGAUUCUAGAACAUGCAGAGAAGGAUGAAGGGGGUAAGAGUGCGUUCGAGGUUGGAAAGGUUAAACGUAGAGUGUGGGCGAUGGGUUGGAGGUUACCGUAG